UCGGGACAGUGGGGGUCCCAAACCAGUGAUGGUGUAUAUCCAUGGAGGCUCAUAUAUGGAAGGUACUGGAAAUUUAUAUGAUGGGAGUGUCUUGGCAAGUUAUGGCAAUGUGAUCGUCAUCACAGUCAACUAUCGACUUGGGGUACUUGGUUUCUUAAGCACAGGGGAUCAGGCUGCAAAAGGAAACUAUGGACUCCUUGACCUCAUACAGGCUUUAAGAUGGACUAGUGAGAACAUUGGAUUCUUUGGUGGUGACCCCUUAAGAAUCACUGUUUUUGGAUCUGGCGCUGGGGGUUCAUGUGUCAAUCUGCUGACUUUAUCCCAUUAUUCUGAAGGACUUUUUCAACGCAUAGCUCAAAGUGGAACAGCCCUUUCCAGCUGGGCUGUUAGUUUCCAACCUGCAAAAUAUGCUAGAAUGUUGGCCACAAAAGUUGGUUGCAAUGUUUCAGAUACAGUAGAGUUAGUGGAAUGCCUACAGAAGAAGCCUUACAAAGAACUUGUUGACCAAGAUAUUCAACCAGCACGAUACCACAUAGCCUUUGGACCUGUGAUUGAUGGUGAUGUAAUACCAGAUGACCCUCAGAUAUUGAUGGAGCAAGGAGAGUUUCUCAACUAUGAUAUAAUGUUAGGAGUUAACCAAGGGGAAGGGUUAAAAUUUGGAAAUAUAGUAGAUAGUGAUGAUGGUAUAUCAGCUAGAUUUGACUUUGCUGUUUCCAAUUUUGUUGAUAAUUUAUAUGGAUAUCCUGAAGGCAAAGAUGUUUUGAGAGAAACCAUUAAAUUCAUGUAUACUGACUGGGCUGACCGUCAUAACCCUGAAACCAGAAGGAAGACAUUAUGCUUGUUUACAGACCAUCAGUGGGUGGCACCAGCUGUAGCUACAGCAGAUCUUCACUCAAACUUUGGUUCACCUACAUAUUUCUAUGCCUUUUACCAUCAUUGCCAAACAGAUCAGGUUCCAGCUUCUGAUGCAGCUCAUGGGGAUGGUCCCUACGUACUAGGAAUCCCCAAUGGACCUACAGAGUUAUUUCCUUGCAAUUUCUCCAAAAAUGAUGUGAUGCUGAGUGCAGUUGUAAUGACAUACUGGACAAAUUUUUGCCUAAAACUGGGUAUUGACCCAAAUCAACCAGUCCCUCAAGACAAAUUCAUCCAUACCAAACCCAACCGCUUUGAAGAAGUAGCAUGGACCAGAUCCCAGAAAGAUCAACUUUAUCUCCAUAUUGGAUUAAAACCAAGAGUUAAAGAACAUUAUAGAGCCAAUAAGGUGAACCUCUGGUUGGAGCUGGUACCUCAUCUGCAUAAUCUCAAUGACAUUUCUCAGUAUACCUCGACAACAACUAAAGUGCCAUCAACUGACAUCACUUUCAGACCUACGAGAAAGAAUUCUGUACCUGUCACAUCAGCAUUUCCCACUGCCAAGCAGGAUGAUCCCACACAACCGAGUCCAUUUUCAGUCGAUCAAAGGGACUACUCCACAGAGCUGAGCGUCACUAUUGCAGUUGGAGCAUCACUGCUGUUUCUGAACAUCCUUGUUGCAGCCCUGUACUACAAAAAGGAUAAGAGGAGACAUGACGUUCAUAGGAGAUGCAGCCCUCAGCGUACUACAACCAACGAUCUGACCCACGCACAAGAAGAGGAGAUCAUGUCCCUCCAAAUGAAGCACACUGAUUUGGAUCAUGAAUGUGAGUCCAUCCAUCCACAUGAGGUGGUUCUUCGGACCGCCUGCCCCCCAGAUUACACACUAGCUAUGAGGAGGUCACCUGAUGAUGUUCCCUUAAUGACACCCAACACCAUUACAAUGAUUCCCAAUACUAUACCAGGGAUUCAACCCUUACACACAUUCAAUACAUUUACCGGAGGACAGAACAAUACUCUGCCCCAUCCCCAUCCCCACCCCCAUUCACAUUCAACAACCAGGGUAUAGCCAGAUAAGAGAAACAAACUCUAUUUUUUUGAUGGAUUGCAGUAAAGAUUUACUGAAGAUUCCUGGCUUUCAAACCUACAAGACUCUAUAUUUAAAUAAGGAGGAAUAUUAUGUUGAAUAUACAUAUCAAGAACUUUGGGGGUUUUGAAAAAAAUUAAAUUGUACAUAUAUACACAAAUCAACUUUAAAAAUGAAUUUCAAUUGCUUGAAGCAAUUGUUCUGAAUGAUACUUUUUCAUUCAUAUUCAAGAAUUAAUUUUUUGAAGAUUUAUGUUACAUAAUGGAAUUAGGCAUGUGGAACACCAAACAGGAAAGAACUAUGUCUGAAAUAUAAAAAAUAAAAUAAAAAACAACAACCAUGAAUAUGCAAAGGGACACACCAAUGGAAUGUCAGAUAAUUUUCACCAGUUUUUAUUUGGAGCUGUUUUAUUGUGUAGACCAUAUUUACAUAUUUGGAUAAGUACACAAAGCACCAGUGCUGUUAAUGGCCUUAGCGGAGGCUCAUGCUGAAAUUUGCCAGUAAGACAAAGAAGUUUAAAGACUGGCAGGUACAACGUUAUCACAUAAGUGCUGUCAGUAUAAAGUUGUGGGGAUAAAGGAAACUGGAUAUUUUUAGCACGAUGUGCAUGAUAAUUUAUAUGCUUGGUGGCUGUGCUGCUGAUUAAGCCGUAAUUAAAAUUCUUCUCAUCCCAUUGGAGUCUUUAAUAGAAGCUUCCUCUAUCAAUUGGCAGAACCUAAAGAAGAUUUUUAAGGGGCAAAAGUAAUUAGAAGUAAAUAAUUCACAGUAGUUUUGAUAAUAGGAAGAAUUAGUUAUUAAAGGUAUUUGAAGAAACUAUAGGUAUAGUGGUGAAUACUCGCUGAUAUGAAUCCCAGGAAAAAAACAUUCCUGUGUUUUUAAUGUUAUUUUCAUCCCAACCUAAAUAAUUUAUAGAAAUACAGCCCUAAUUGGACAUGUGCUACAGGAUCUAUAAUUUUCUGUGGUUUUUGUUAUUCUGUAUUUUGUUCCUUUUGGUAAGGUGAAGUGUGUCCAAAGAGUUACUUGCAACAGUCUUUUAUGAUAUGAGGAUGCCCCAAAUUACCACUCUGAUUACAGUUCUCAGUUAAUUGAUUUACUCAUGUUGCAUGACAAAAUGUUUACUACUAAUAAUUCAAUAUACAGUUAUGUCCCUCCUCAUAUCACUUAUCUUUCUCACUGAGGUUCAUCCACUGGAAUUUACUCACGCAAUCUCAGUAGAGUACAACAUAGAUACAGAACCUAGAAGGAGAGUCAACACCUGGAGGAUUUUAGUCUUACACGUAUGUGUGAUUUUAAAUGAAUACUUUAAGACCACAGGAAACUCUUCAUCCCCCUGUUGUUUACCAGUAACAGUAUAUCACAGACCUUUCCAAAUGUUUGUAUAUGUAAUCAGAUGUACAUUUAUAUUAAAAAAAUUGAGAUGGACUUAAAGAGCACAUCCUGAUAAAUACUUUCUCUCUUACCUGUACUAUAUUUCUAUUAGACUAAAGUUAUGUGAUUUUUUUUUUACAUUUUUCAGAUGACUAGCAAUUUUGAUAGUUUGUAAGAUAAUGCAAAGAACUUUCUCUGACAAACUAACUGCAGUAACAGAAACCUUUCUUUUCAGUUACUCUUUUUCAAGAAUGAAAGCUUAUUAUACAAAAAAAAAUUGUAUACUACUUGAUGGAAACAACUUUGUACAUCUUGGCCAUGUCACUGGUCAUUGCGUGAAAUAAAGAUAAUCUGGAUAAUGACUAUUAGUCCAAUGCUAAGAGACAUGAUCUUUGCUCAUUAAAGAGCUAAAAUGUUUAUUGCUGUUUUGUCUUUUUUUUAAAAAAAGGAAAAGAAAAGAAAAGAAACAUGACUGUCUCAGAGAGUCAUUUUUCUAGACCAGUAGGGUUUUUGAAGACAUACAGGUAACUUCUACAGGAAACACACCGUGUAUUUAAAGGCAAGUCUCAUCUAAGAUGAAAUUGAUGAAACUUUAUAAGCCCAGGAACUCAUGAAAAAUAUUAGCUUUGUACUUUUAAAUACCUCUUAUGUGAAAGUGUUGUAGAAAUAAAAUGUGCCAAUUGUUUUCAAUUAGAAACACAGGUCCCAAUUCUCAUUGUCAAGGAAAAGGUCUAUUGGAAAUAAAUGUGCAAUAUUUCAUGGAAUGAGAAUAGCUAGGUUCAUAAUAUAAGGGUGAUUAAGCUAUCAUAAAGUAAUGGAUAGGAAGUUAUCUUCCUAAGAGAAUUUAAAAGUGCUGAGCAAGACAUUAAGCUGACACUAAAAGAUAAAAUCUUCUAUAUCAAGGAAUUUCUUUGCUUGUAAUUUCCCCUCCCAAUUAUUAACUAUCAAUUAAAUGUAGAAAUUACUCUAUAACUUCAAAUAAAAAUCCCUGUUAGAAGCAAAAAGUCUUCAAAACCCGGAGCGGUCUACAUGCAGUUUUUGCCUGAUGUGGUUAUGCUUUUAGGCUGGGAACUGCCAAUGUAAACCAAGAAAACGAAUUGCUUAGCAUCUGAAAUAUUGCCAAUCAGAAACCCGUCUUUUAAUACACUGGUUAAAAAGCAGAAAUAGAAAUGGUAACAAAAUAAGAUAUGAGUGAAAUCUUUCAUAUGCAUUACUUCACUUGGCAAAAUCAGGCAUUCCGUUAUAUCUUAAUGAUGGCCAUAUUUUCGUCCACCUACGUAGCUGUUGCUCUAAAUUAACCUAUCAAUCUACCUAUAUAUGCCAUAACUGACAUCUAUGUUAUAUUAAUUUAGGGAAGUGAUUUAGUAAAACAAAGCGUAGUCCUACUCUUUUUUCUAAAUUAAUGUAGUACCAACUCUGUGAAAGAUAAGCAUUUCUAUGUUUUAUUACUGUUCUCAAGUUGUGAUAAAGUCAUCGUGAAGGAGUGUUAGUUGUUAGUUUUAUAAUUACAGCAGCUAGUUUUCUGAACAUAAAAUGAUUUCCCACAAUAAGCAGAAUAUUAAGAACUGUUUUUAAAGC